CAGGAGCCGGUGUGUUGGACACGCUUUACGGCUGCCGUCGGCGCGAUUGGCAAGGUCACAACAACGGCACGUGCGCCGCGUACGCACUGUACGCUAACACACUGUACAGUUUAAUUAUCGCCGGUUUAAAAAGUUUCAACUUCACUACGUUUUUUUUUAAAACAACAACAACCCGACGGAUUUCUGAGGCGCGACGCUGCGAGCUGCCGGGAAGGGUUUGUGUUGGCGUGGGACAGGCUGCAGGGAGCCGGGGAUGACGGCCCCGUCGGGCGAGGAGCGGCGCCGCUGCUGGUCGGGCCGCGACGCCUUCUGGAAGUGCGCGGACGCGAGCGAAGUGGCCGGGCGCAACCCCGAGUCCGAAUGUGCCGCCCUGCGCAAGGAGUUCGUGGAGGCCUGCCCUCGGCAGUGGACCAAGUAUUUUGACCGCAGGAGGGAUUACCUGAAAUUCAAGGAGAAGCUGGAGACGGAGGGCUUUCAGCCAUACCAAGAGAAUCAAGGCGGCAAAUCCUGACAGGGACCUGACCGCCAUCAGCUCGUCGGUGGCCCUACAAGUCUGGGAGUGUGGGGGCUUCUCCACGGCGUUUCCCGUGUCCGCCCCACCCGCCCCUCUCCGUUGCCUCGUCUAAAGCGUCGCGCUCCAAGCGAGCGGGAAUUCUGUUUAGUUCCCCCCCCCUCGCCCGAGAGGGAUUAGUUUGUAACGGCAUGGCUUCGUUGGUUGGUGACGCGUUGGUAAAAGCGAGCGGCGUUACCAAUGCUCGGUGCACAAUGCCCUUAUUGUGUGGAAAUGUUUACUUCAAAUUGUUAGUUAAAGUAAGGGGGGGGGGGGGAGGGUGUCAAAUAAAAUAAUAUAUAACCACUUGAUAACCCACAAGACUUCGUUGUCCAUAAAGUUUAGUUUGAGAGUAGGACGAUUGAGCAAAUUGUUCAAUUAGCUUUGUGACCAUCGACACAUGCAAGAAGAACACCCAUGCCGCUUAUAUCAAUAUUGUUAAAACAGCUUUUUAACUCAUGCAGUCUUAUCAAACACAUCAUUUGCUGUAAAUAUAGAUUAUGUUAUCACAUUGUUGUGGAUUACUGUCGCCCCAAGUAUGAUCAUCCUAUUAAAAACAGAAAGAAAAAUCCA